UCAAAAUUAGCUCUCUCAAUUGGGUACCUUAUAGGAAGGUUCCCAUUGUUAAAAAUCCUCCUGCCACCUAUUUAUGCAUUCAUAUCCUCUUAUCAAACAAUGAAACACUAGAAAUCAUUUGACAACCUUUUCACCGUUGGCCGGCUACAUAAGCAAAAGAUUAGCAUAACUUUGAAGCCUCAAUCACUUUCGUUUCUUAUAAUGUAUUGACUAUAACAUAAAGCAAUCAUUAACUGUGGCAAAGGAAACUUCCUUUAAACAGAAAUACACACACCUCCCUACCCAACAUACCCUAUAUCAGAAUCAACAGAGAGAUAACCUAUUACCCAAGUAACCUGUAGAGAAGAUGUGCCAGUUUUCUUACUCCACUUCUGCUCUUUGCUUCCUUUUCUUCUUCUUCUUCUUCUUGUCAAAUCCUGUCGAUAAAAUCUAUGCCCUCGACGGAUAUUCAACAAUCGAUAUAGUCAACAGAUCCUGCAAAAAAUGUGCAGAGAAAUCUAAAUCAUUCAUCUAUGACUUUUGCCAAACCUCUCUCCAGGUAAUCCCUGCAAGCCAUGUAACUAACCUGCAAGGAAUAGCUGUAAUUGCCAUGGAACUAGCUAUAGAAAAUGCAACCACCACCGUUUCUAACAUAAAGAGCUUGUUGGUUACUGGCAGUUUCAACCCUGAUACCUUAGCUUGCUUGGAGGAUUGCUUGAAGCUAUAUUCUGAUGCUCUUGUGACGUUGGUGGAUGGUGUUGCUGCCUUCUUGACAGGGCAUUAUGGAACUGCUAAUGUGAAGAUAAAGACAGUUAUGGAAGCACCAACAAGUUGUGAAGAUGGUUUUAAAAAAAAGAGAGGAGUUGUGUCUCCUUUAACUACUGAGAAUUUCAAUUUCUUCCACUUGAGUGACAUAGCACUGUGCAUUAUCCGCUGGCUUUCUCUAGUGCUACCACAACUUUGAACUCUUUCUUGCAAAUCCCUUGGCCGAUUGGCCACUCAUAUACACAUAUAUAAAGAAAAUAUUACUAUAAUUUGGUUACUAAACUCAACCGUAAAGGUUUUAAUGUAAUUAUUUCCUUUUCUUUUUUGAAGUGUAAAAAAUGAACCACUAUAAAAUCCGGAUAUGAUAAAUAAAGAUGACUGGAGAAUUACAAGACAA